GUGCUCCUGGCGCAGGACAAGGGGGCGCCGCCGCGCACGUGCCUGGAGCUGCCCGGCCUGCCGGUGGCAGAGGGCCGCGGCCGCCUCGAGAGCCCCGGCGGCGAGGAGGUCGACGGCGACCGCUGCACGGAGGCCUGCCGCGGGGACGAGGCGUGCGAGCAGCUCAUCUUCCAGGAUGGCCGGUGCUCGCUGUUCAAGCGCGCGGCCACCGACCUGGCGGCGGCGGAGCCCGAGGCGGAGGAG